AGUGUCGCGGGCAUGGCCGGGCGUUGUCGCACGCCUCAAGGGGCGCUCCUGGCGCUGCGCGCCGCCAAGUCCUUCGUCGUCCCGCGCUGUUCGCGGUCCGCCACGGCCGCAGCUCCGGCGCCCGCACCCGCGGACCCCGAUGUCCCCGCGGGCGCGGUCCCUGCGCACGGGACGCACCUCCGCCAGCGCCCGGCGCCGCCGCCCCAGCCGCGGGCGGUGAACUUCUCGGAUGCGCGGGAGGCGUUCCGGAGCAAGACCAGCGGCGAGCUCCUGCGGGGGCUGCUGGUGCUGCGCCUCUGCUCCCUGGAGCCGCUGGUGCAGCGCGCCGAGCAGCUGAUGCACCUCAGCCAGAAGCUGCUGGGUCAGUGGCUCUUUGAGAAGCUGAUGAAGCUGACCUUCUACGGGCAGUUUGUGGCUGGCGAAGACCAGGAAGCCAUCAAGCCGCUCAUUCGGCACAACCGAGCCUACGGCGUGGGCUCUGUGCUGGACUACAGCGUGGAGGAGGACCUGACCAGCGAGGAGGCCAAGAGGAAGGAACUAGACUCCUGCGUCUCUGCGUUUGAAAAGGAGACAGGCAAGCAGAGAGAGAAGCGGUACAGUGUCCAUCACAAAUUUGGAGACCGCCGGGAUGGUGUCACCGGCGCCCGAACCUACUUCUACGCUGACGAAGCCAAAUGCGACCGGCACAUGGAGACGUUCCUGAAAUGUAUCGAGGCCUCAGGAGGCAGUUCAGAAGACGGUUUCUCUGCCAUCAAACUCACAGCGCUGGGGAGGCCGCAGUUCCUGCUGCAGUUCUCAGAAAUGCUGGUGAAAUGGAGAAGCUUCUUCCACCAACUGGCUGCUGAACAGGGCAAGGUGGGCUUGGCCGCUCUGGAAACCAAGCUGGAGGUAGAGAAGCUACAGGAGGCCCUGGCCACCCUGGGGAUUGCCACCAGAGCCGAAAGCCAGCAGUGGUUCGCAGGCGAGAAGUUGGGCCUGACGGGAACGGUGGACUUGCUGGACUGGAACAGUUUGAUUGAUGCCCGGAUGGCGAUCUCCAAACUCCUCCUCGUGCCGAACCUGAAGACGGGCCAGCUGGAGCCACUCCUCUCUCGCUUCACCCAGGAAGAGGAGAUGCAGAUGAAGCGCAUGCUGCAGCGCAUGGACGUCUUGGCCAAGAAAGCUGUAGCGACAGGCGUGAGGCUGAUGGUAGAUGCAGAACAGACCUACUUCCAGCCAGCCAUCAGCCGCCUUACCCUGGAGAUGCAGCGCCGAUUCAACCAGGAGAAGCCGGCCAUCUUCAAUACGUACCAGUGCUACCUGAAGGAUGCCUACGAUAAUGUCACCGUUGACGUGGAGCUCUCGCGCCGGGAAGGGUGGCAUUUUGGGGCCAAGCUAGUGAGAGGUGCGUACAUGGAGCAGGAGCGAAGUCGGGCAGCCGAAGUGGGCUACGAGGAUCCCAUCAACCCAACCUAUGAAAAGACCAGUGAGAUGUACCACAGAUGCCUGGACUACAUCCUGGAGGAGAUCCGGCACAGCCAGAAGGCCAAUGUGAUGGUUGCUUCUCACAAUGAAGACACGGUCAAGUUCACCCUUGGCAGGAUGGCAGAUCUUGGCAUCCAUCCCUCAGAGAACAAGAUCUACUUUGGGCAGCUCCUGGGCAUGUGUGACCAAAUCACCUUCCCUCUUGGUCAAGCCGGGUUCCCCGUGUACAAGUACGUUCCCUAUGGCCCUGUGAAGGAAGUCCUGCCCUACCUGUCCAGGAGAGCCCAGGAGAAUCGGGGCCUCCUGGCCCGAGCUGGGGAAGAGCAGCAGCUACUCUGGGCCGAACUGAAGAGGCGCCUGUUUUCGGGUGCCCUCCUCACUGCACCGAGCCCCCCCUAGUUCUCCCCUGCUGCCUCAGCGCCAGGACUGCUUGGACAGAGACCCCAGUUGGAAAAAGUAGUGGACAUUUCCUUGCAGGCAAGCCAGGUGGCUCUACCCCUUGUGCCAGGGUGGCACAGCUUCUCGAGGCUGGGCACUUUGCGACGGGUGCCGUGAGUGCAGCAGCUGCUCCAGCACCAUGUUCCUUCACAGCACCUGCCUGUUGGCAUUCCCCUGACUGGACACCUUGGGACUCUUUGGGCUACCAUGUGACGUUCAGAAUUGCCUUCUCCAGAUGCCACUUGCCACCUGUUUUCUCUUCCAUUUGUCCUCGUCCGGGAUGAAGAUGGCAGCAUCAAUAAAACUCUUUGCAGACACUGCCUGAGUGACAGCCAGGUGGCAGAAGGACCUUUUCCCAGGGCAUCCUGAGCCUCUGGGUGCUUCUCUGGGUGAGAUCGCCCUCCUUCUCCAGGGUUUGCGGCUCUCACAAAACAACAGUCUGUUCAGCCACAGCUUGUUGGACAUGCUAUAAUCAAGCAGUGGGUUUGCAAGGACUGUGAAAGGAACAAGGUGAUUACCAGAAGACAGCAUGGAUUUGUUACAAACAAGCUGUAAGACAAAUCUUACUGUUUCCUUUGACAACGUGACUAGAUUACUGGAUGAAGAGAAUGCUGUGGAUGUGAUGUACCUAGACUUCAGUAAGGCUUUUGAAAAAGUGGACCACAGCCUCCGUGGUAACCUGCAAGAACGUGGGAUGGAUGGAUUUGCAGUUGCCUGAGCAACUGUAGCCAGCACGUGGUCCUUGAUGGGUCUGUGUCCACAAGGAGGGAGGGAUGCAGUGGGGCACCUCGGGGUUCCUUUCUGGGCUCAGGACUCUUCAACAUCUUCAUAAAUGACCUAGAUGAGGGGAUAGAGGGGAUGCUCAUGUUUGUGGAUGACACAAAGCUGGGGAGGGGAGAUUGCUGACACCCCAGAAGACAGGCUCGAGUCAAAAGAUCUUGGUAGACUUGAACCCUGGGCCCUAUCAACAAAAUGUUGUUUAGUGGUGAGAAAUGUCAGGUUCUGCACUUAGGCAGGAAAAACCAGAUGCACAGGUACAAGAUAGGUGCUAUCUGGCUUAGCAGUCGUACUUGCAAGAAGGAUCUGGUGUCCUUGUAGAGCACAGAUUUCGCACGAUCCAGCAGGGUGCCGCAGCUGCUAACAGGCAAUGCAAUAGAGGUAGAGCGACGAGAUCACAGGAAGUGAUAGUGCCACUCCGUGCUGCACUGGUCAGGCCACACUUGGACUACCAUGUCCAGUUCUGGUCACCACAAUACAAAGAGGAUGCUGAGGAACUGGAAAGAGUGCAGAGAACGGCAGCAAAGAUGGGGAGGGGCCUGGAGGCUAAAUCUUGGGGAAAAUGGCUAAAAGAAGAGGGUAUUGUUUAGCCUAAAAAAAGAGAAGGCUAAUGGGGGACAUGAUAGCAGUUGUCCAAUACUUGGAGGGAUGUCACAGGGAAGAGAGGGUGGAUUUAUUCUCUGGUGCUCAAGGGUAGGACAAGAAGCAAGGAAUGGAAGCUUUACAGAGAAGUAUCCAAACUCGAAUUUCCUGACUGGGAAUUAUUAAACAGUGGCAGAGUGUGCCUCCUUGGAGUCAAGCGGGCUGGGUCGCUGGAAGUUUUCAAAGAAAGGCCAUUUGUCUGGGGUGGUCAGAGGGUUCCUGUCCUGAGCAGGGGCUGGACUAGAAGACCUCCAAGGUCUCUUCCAACCAUAGGGGUCUAUGCGACUGAAUCCCCUUCUCGCC